AUAGAAAAAAAUCAAGAUGGAACAAUAUUUUUUUCAAGUAUAUUCAAAUUUUGGAAUAUCACAAUUACCAAUUUUUGCAGUUUACUAAAUAAUUUUAACACCAAAAAGAUUUGAGUAAAUGCCUUGGAAUAUUUGCAAAAAUAUUGGUGGGGCCUACUUGUUGCCCGUUGCGUCCGCACCAAAUCGUUUUUCUCUUUUGAACAAAGUUGACCGUUUGGGAUACCCAGACCCAACAAAGCGAGUGCCAAAAGUAGCCGUUGCUCUACAGUUUAUCGAUUUAUAUCAUUUCUAAACCCUAGCCCUAUUUCUACAUAAUAUUUGUUUUUUCAGAAAGCACUUAACCUGUUCGAUAAAAUUCCCCACUGAAACACAAGAAAUAUAUCUAUCCGUUUGAGCAAACCUAUCAACUUCGAGGUGUUUCUACAGAAAUGGCUUCAAGAACUGUGAGCAAAGACAUAAUCACUCUCCGCGGAUCCACAGCCAUUGUCAGCGAAUUUUUCGGUUAUGCAGCAAACAGUAUUCUGUACAAUCGUGGUGUCUAUCCGGAAGAAACUUUUGGAAGAGUGAAGAAAUAUGGACUUCCAUUGUUGCUUUCUCAAGACGAAGGUGUUAAAACAUUCAUCUCAAAUUUGAAUAAGCAGCUUUCCGAAUGGCUGGAAGCUGGGAAGUUACAAAGGAUUGUUCUUGUGAUAAUGAGUAAGGCCACCAAUGAAGUGCUUGAGAGGUGGAAUUUCAGUAUAGAGACUGAUGGUGAAGUUGUUGAAAAAGGGGUUUCGAGGGAGAAGAGUGAUAAAGAAAUCAUGAGAGAGAUUCAAGCUAUUAUGAGACAGAUUGCAUCCAGCAUUACAUACUUGCCCUGCCUUGAUGAACCAUGUAUCUUUGAUGUGUUGGCAUAUACUGAUACGGAUGUUGCAGUACCUUUUACUUGGACAGAGAGUGACCCUAAACUGAUAGCAAAUCCCCAAAUGGUGAAAUUGCAUUCUUUUGAUACUAAGAUACAUAAGGUUGACACAAUGGUGUCUUACAAGAAUGAUGAAUGGGAUGACCAGUAAAAGAAAGAAAGAUAAGGGAUGUUUAAGAAAAUUGUUGCUGUGUUUUUGUUGUUGAUCUUGAAGGUUGAAUGAUGUGAAUCGUUUUGAUUCACUUGUGUGUAGGAAUGAAAUAUGAAUCUGGAAACUUGCUUUUUCUUGAAAUUGAAGAACUUGCUUGCUGCAAUAAGACAUUGAUUUUCUUGAAAAAUGUCAACACUUACAAUUAGACCCUAAAGUGACUUGCUUUCAAAAAAAAAAAAAAUCCAAUAAAUCCGUCUUGGUUUGGCAACAUUUAUUUUCCUUGUUAACUAACAGAUGAUGUAACUGCACAUUCAUGUCUGGUGAUGAAGAAAGAAGUUUUACUUUUUUAUGGGCCAUAGUAGAUUACUCCUGAAUCUUUAUCUUUUUCUCUAAUUUGAUGCUUUUUGAGGUCCAAUGGUGAUCUUGUUGUUGUCUUCAAUUGUGGUUGAUUGAGAUGUGAAUAUUAUUUGGGUAAAUGGGGUUGAAGUGGGUUCUUGUGAUUUGGCUUUUCUGAACAGAUGUUUCCAAGUUUGUUUCGAUGAACAAGACAACUGUAGAACAAUAUCAACAGAAGCCAUCAAAAUACACUUUUUGUUCAUCACCGAAAG